CAACUGCUGCAGCACACGAUUUGGCAGGUAAUAAUGGUUUUCCACUUAUAAUACUGAAAAGUUUACAUCAAAAUGAAGUCAUUUGAAUAAAAGAAAAAAUGGCAGAUUAAAGAAAAAGCAUGAAAUGGAUGAUUUGUUGAAGAUGGAACAGCAGCCAAGCUGGACGGACGACCUGCCGCUCUGCCACCUCUCUGGAGUUGGCUCAGCCUCCAACCGCAGCUACUCUGCUGAUGGCAAGGGCACUGAGAGCCACCCACCAGAGGACAACUGGCUCAAGUUCAGGAGUGAGAACAACUGCUUCCUGUACGGGGUCUUCAACGGCUACGAUGGCAACCGGGUAACCAACUUCGUGGCCCAGCGGCUGUCCGCGGAGCUCCUGCUGGGCCAGCUCAGCGCCGAGCACACUGAGGCCGACGUGCGGCGGGUCCUGCUGCAGGCCUUCGAUGUGGUGGAGAGGAGCUUCCUGGAGUCCAUCGAUGACGCAUUGGCAGAGAAGGCGAGCCUCCAGUCCCAGCUGCCUGAGGGCGUCCCUCAGCACCAGCUGCCUCCUCAGUAUCAGAAGAUCCUCGAAAGACUCAAGACGUUGGAGAAGGAGAUUUCGGGAGGAGCCAUGGCCGUGGUGGCGGUCCUUCUCAACAACAGGCUCUAUGUCGCCAAUGUCGGUACGAACCGUGCACUUUUAUGCAAAUCCACGGUAGAUGGUCUGCAGGUGACACAGUUGAACGUGGACCACACCACAGAGAAUGAGGACGAGCUCUUCCGGCUCUCACAGCUGGGUUUGGAUGCAGGAAAGAUCAAGCAAGUGGGGGUCAUCUGUGGGCAGGAGAGCACCAGGCGCAUUGGGGAUUACAAGGUCAAAUACGGCUACACUGACAUCGACCUACUCAGUGCCGCCAAGUCCAAGCCCAUCAUCGCGGAGCCUGAAAUCCACGGUGCACAGCCUCUGGAUGGGGUGACUGGCUUCCUGGUGCUGAUGUCCGAGGGGCUGUACAAGGCCCUGGAGGCAGCCCAUGGGCCUGGGCAGGCCAACCAGGAGAUCGCCGCCAUGAUCGACACGGAGUUCGCCAAGCAGACUUCCCUGGAUGCAGUGGCCCAGGCCGUGGUGGACCGGGUGAAGCGCAUCCACAGUGACACCUUCGCCAGUGGCGGGGAGCGUGCCAAGUUCUGCCCAAGGCACGAGGACAUGACCCUGCUGGUGCGGAACUUUGGCUACCCCCUGGGAGAGAUGAGCCAGGCCGCACCCUCCCCCGCCCCAGCUGCAGGAGGACGCGUGUACCCCGUAUCCGUGCCUUACUCAAGCGCCCAGAGCACCAGCAAAACCAGCGUGACCCUGUCCCUCGUCAUGCCCUCCCAGGGCCAGCUAGUCAACGGGGCCCACAGCGCCUCCACCCUGGACGAAGCCACUCCCACCCUCACCAACCAGAGCCCGACCCUGACCCUGCAGUCCACCAACACGCACACCCAGAGCAGCAGCUCCAGCUCUGACGGGGGCCUCUUCCGCUCCCGGCCCGCCCACUCGCUCCCGCCCGGCGAGGAUGGCCGCGUCGAGCCUUACGUGGACUUUGCGGAGUUCUACCGCCUCUGGAGCGUGGACCACGGCGAGCAGAGUGUGGUGACGGCGCCAUAGCCCGGCCGCGGAGUGCAGCCCGAGCAGGACCUUGCCUGGGGACGGGGCCCAGCUCCGGGCAGGACGCCUGUGCCCCAGGGGCCAGCGGGGGCCUGGUGCUCAGCCUGCGUCGUACUCUCACUCCACAGCCUGCGGCGCCGUAGAGAACAUUCUCUCAGUGCACCAACGCAGACCGGACCCCUUGUCACGGCGGCUGCACAGGGGCCGGAGGCAGUCCCCUGGGCAGCCUCUGCCACGACCGUUGCCGUUUCUCAGAACAAGGGGCACAAGUGCGGCAGCCCACGAGCCCCCCGAGUGGCAGCCACUGCUCUCCCAAGGCCACCCGCUUCCCGCCACCACCUCCGCUGGAGGAGCCUGUGGCCACUGCUAGCGCCCCCUCGCCCCUGGGCGGUGGUUCCCGCCUUCUCCAGCCGGCCUCUAGAGUGGAACCCCAGUUGGCGUCUGCACCUUCCAGGCCUGCACCCGUCCCUGGGCCCCGUCCCUAGGCCUCCCUGGGCUCAGGGGGACUGGGAUGGCUGCAGAGGGGGCAGUCAGGUGGAGAGGAACUGGAGAGAACUGGUCCAAGAGGAGCACUGGUGCUGGAGCCCACCAGAGUGGGUAGGCUGGGCAGGGCUGGCUCCCCAGAGCCGGGUGAAGAGGAGAGGUGUGCCCGGACUGAGUGGGGGCAGGGGCCGCCCUUGUCAGGCCCCUCGGGAGCGGCGAGGCCCUGAGUCGGGGUGAGCGGUCCUGCUCUGCUUUUUCCCUGCUGGAGCUGGGGAGGGCCCCAGGGUGGGAGCCGCUAAGACUGCAGUCUUAGCCACUGACUGUGAGCCUCUGCCAGCUCCACGGUAACACACAGGUCUCAGGCCAGGCCUCGGGGCUCACUGGAAACAGAGAACAGUGGAGAUGGUUCCAAGAGGGAAGAGGUUCCUGGAGCCCUGCUGCUCUGGGUGGUCGAGGGCUUUGGAGACGUGCACUGUUUUUACAGACACUUAGGGUCGGGAUCAGGCCAGCCCAGGCCCUCAGUUAGACCAUUUGAGGCAUGUUCUCUGCCUUCGGUGGGGAAGGGGUGCCACCAGGGCUGUCAGCUGGAAUUGCCCUCUGUAUUUUCAGAGGAGGAAGCAGGCUCAGGAGACUCACACCUUGUCCAAGUCACACAGUCAGUGUGGAGCAGAACUCAAACUUUCUUGUCAGUCUUUGAGGCCCCCCUGGAUUCUUGCCAACACCCCCCUGGUGCCCAGCCUCCUGCCCCAUGAUGCCCCAGACACAGCUCACCAGGGACUGACCGCUGUGCGUGGCCUCCAGUGUGCUUGGACUCUGAAAAGUCAAAGGCCAGUUCUGAGGUUCCCUGUUCGCCCUGUGGUCCAGGAAUAUGUUUUCCUGUGGCAGGGCAGGGCCCACUGUGGUGCCGGUUUCCGAGGGGAGCCGCGGCAUGAGCAGAGGAAAAGCGGAUCUCAGCGGAGGGCCCUGACCCCCCUCCGCUACGAAGCCAUCUCCGUUGUGCAGGUGAGCAGAUUUAAAAUCAGUCCCAGAGGCUUGGGCACGAAGGGAUUCUCUUCCGAGAAUGUCUCUGUAUGCUGUUUGGUCUCUAGAAAUAGAAUCACUUUUUUACGGCAGUAAAGAGAUAAUAAAGGGAGGUAUAAUA